AUGGGUAGCAUAACCCCCAUCCCGUACCGGCAACCCAAUAACCCACCCACACAGCAAACAACCCAAUAUCCAAACUACCUACAAAACCUCUCCGCCAAAGACAUCAGCAUAAUCAGCACCCCAGACAUCCACUACCAAAUCCUCUCAUGGGCCUCAGUGCGGCAAAUAAUUUCAGACAACCGACUCGAUCUCUUCCAACGCAAACCCUCCGAUCUACGACGAUACCUAGAAUAUUGCUAUCACAUCAAACAGAAAUAUGGCUCGAUUAUGCGCUACAUGCUGGAUGUGAAAUUACGAUGGAAAGAAACGGAAUUGAGAGCGCAAGAUGCGCCUUUUUGUAAUGAAGAUGAUUUGAAAGUGUUAAUGAAUGAUUGGCCCUAUGGCAUCGAUGAGAAAAUCGUCCAUCUGGUUGUGUGGACGAAGUUCGCUCUGGAAGAUGAUCCUGAAACGGGUGAUACGAGGGAUGAUGUGAAGAGGGAGAUUGAUCGAUGGGUGGAUGUCGUUUUUGGGAAGAAGUGUGGGGGCGAGAAAGUGAUCUGGUUUAGGAAUUGGAGAAGCUUGAAGUCGAUUCAUUCGGUGGAGCAUUUUCACGUUAUGCUCUAUGAUCCGGAGUCUAAUUUUGUGAGAGAAGUGACCAAGGGAGGUAUUACCAGUCAGGAAGCAAUGUAG